CGAAAGGCUGGCUAUAAACGAUAAUGGCCCAGACAGAAGAACCAGACACUUGGAUCAAAUCCUAGGGCUUUCUUACCUCUUUGUCAUUUUCAAUCGGAAGCUCAAUUAGAUUGAAAGAGAUUCUGAGAACUAAUUGAUAAGAUCGGAGCAAUCGACGAUGGGAAAGAUUCCGGUGAAGGUAAAGGCUGUGACGUACGCCCUGUCUCCGUUCCAGCAGAAAGUGAUGCCAGGUCUCUGGAAGGAUUUCACGCAUAAGAUUACUCACAAGGUCACAGAGAACUGGCAUAGCGCUGUUCUUCUCGUCGGCCCGGUUGUCGGCGUCUACGCGUAUGUGCAGAGUUACCAAGAAAGAGAGAAAUUGCACCACAGAUACUAAAAUCAAACUCAAUUUGGCUUGUUGAAGAGAGAGGAAGAAUAAUAAUAUGUUUUGUUGUAGUAAAUGAAGAUAUUGGUUUAUGUGUGUUUCUUUUAAACAAGAUACUUCUUUUGUGGUGUGGAUUGGACAUAUGUAAUGGUGAUUUGAUGCAUAUAUCACCUUGUUAAAACGUAUCUUUCCUUUUUCUAAUGUCAUUUUUCUGUUUAGAGUUUCA